UGUGUGUGUGUUGGGGUGGGGGCUUAAGAUUUUCCCGUCUAUGUUGAUAUUCCACAGAAAACACGAGCAGUCAGCUACUGUGGAAAAAGUUCUUUUAUCUGUUCUGUCUGGCUGAACUGGCAGUGAAAAGGGAGGAGGGAUGUUUGACACUCUUUAUGAAUGCUUCUGGUCAGAGAGACUCUGGUUGCCUGUGGGCCUAACGUGGGCUGACCUGGAAGACAAGGAGGGUCGGGUCUAUGCCAAAGCCUCCCAUCUUUAUGUCACUGUCCCCUAUGCCUUAGCCCUUUUACUCAUCAGAUACCUGUUUGAAAGGUGGAUAGCAACACCACUCGCCAUCUCUGCUGGAAUCAAGCAGACAGUCUGUCUGAAAGCAGAGGAAAACUCUGUCUUGGAAUUCUACUACACUGCUCGGUGUAGAAUUCCUGCUCAGGCUGACAUUGAAGGGCUGUCUAAGAAAAGCAGUCUGUCUGUGAGACAAGUGGAGCGCUGGUUCAGAAGGAGACGCAGACAGGACCGUCCUGGAGUUCUGAAGAAAUUCACAGAGGCCAGUUGGCGAUUUGUUUUCUACCUGUCUGCAUUCAUUGGAGGAAUAGUAGCACUGCAUGAUAAAGAAUGGCUUUAUGACACUAGGGAAGUGUGGACAGGUUUUCCCAAGCAGACCAUGCUAGAGUCCCAGUACUGGUAUUAUAUCUUGGAGAUGAGUUUCUAUGGCUGCCUUCUUUUCAGUGUUGCAUUUGAUGUCAAGAGAAAGGACUUUAAGGAGCAAAUCAUCCACCACUUGGCCACGCUGGUCCUCUUAUCAUUUUCCUGGUGUGCCAACUACAUUCGUAUAGGAACACUGGUUAUGCUUAUCCAUGAUGCUUCGGAUGUUUUGCUAGAGUCUGCCAAAUUAUUCAACUAUGCCAAAUGGGAGAAAACCUGCCAAACUCUCUUUGUUUCGUUUGCCAUAGUUUUUAUGGUAACACGACUGAUCAUCUUUCCAUUUUGGCUGAUCCACUGUACUUGGGUUUACCCUGUUCUCUACUACCCUGCCUUCUUUGGCUACUACUUCUUUAACACAGUGCUGGUGGUCCUUCUUUGUCUGCACAUUUUCUGGGCCUACCUCAUUCUCCGCAUGAUCAGGAAGUUUAUAUUUGGCACUCUAACCAAAGAUGAAAGGAGUGAGAAUGAAGAGGAAGAGGGAGAUGAGAGCAGCUCAACACAGGAUGAAGGUGAACAAAAGCACAAGCCUGCCAACAGGCAGGGAGCUGUGAAGAAGGAGGACAAGAAUGGGGGCCCUGGAUGCUUGUCUCCACCAGAAAACAUCUGCUGGUCAAAGACUGCGUGCUGACUCACGCUCCCGACAUUCAGUAGAGGAAAAGAAGCAAGAAACAGAUUAUUUCAUUUGCUCAUCAAAAAAGUCCAGCAAACCAAACAUAUCACAUAUACAUUGUUUUGAAUUUAUGUUUUAAAUAACGCUGCUCAACUCUGGCCUUCCAUGACAUUCCACAAACUUUAGAAAUCUACAUGAAACACUGUUUUCACGUUAAAAAUGUUGCUAAUUUUUCCACACCUGCUCUGACUAUAUGCAUUAGAAUUUGAUUGAAAAAUUCAUCGGAAAUAUGCCUCAUGUGAGCAAAACAAAUAUAACACAGAUUUAAGACAGAUCACCUCUACAGUAUCAAGCCAUAAAAUGUGUUUAAGGCUAUUUUUAAUAGGAAUAGUACAAUAGAAAAUAGUUUGGAAUAGUUUGCAGAGUGCAUGGAGGAGGUGUGAACCAAUCAGAUUACAAGGACUUUGUACCAGAAGAAGACUAAAGGUGAGCUCAUCUGAUUAAGGGAGUCCCACAGCUCCAACAGGUAACGUCUAAAUUCAGGGCUGUAAGUGUAGCCAGGCGGAAUCCAUUUUCAGAUUUAUGUCAACAAUUUUCACCUUGAAAUGUAUCUAUUCCAGUGUUGUAUCAAACUGUGCAAUACCUACUUUGGUCAGCAGCACAAACAUUUUACAAUAAAUGCUGUAAAAAAAAAAAUCCCACAUUUUUUUCACUGUAUUUUUGGAAAACAGAAUAAUUAAUAUAUUUGUAAAACAUUUUCCUUUUCUGCUGAGAUAAAACUCGACUGUUUCCAUCCCAAAUUUAAGAAAUCAAACAAUGCAAUCCUAUUUGGAACAAUGGGUUAACUUAGAGUUGAUGACUCCAGUGACUGUCAGUGAACAAUCCAGUAGUGUUUAGCAGGGUAUCACCAUCAGCUUAGUUUUAAUUCAUAGCACUUUAGAUAUUCAUUAAAAACAACAGUCACCUGCUUAUGGUCAUAACAACAUAUCAUUUUACUAUGAGUUUGCCAGAUGAUUGUUUUGUGACUUUCUAGUAUCCAUCAGCUUUUUGGUGGACAGGUUCUCUCUGGAAUCAUGAUUCCUGGAGCAGCAAAAGAGGCAUUUAGGCAAAUUACAGAGAUGUAUGUCUUCUAUGAGUUUUGAAAUGCUUGUGUAACUAAAAUACACGACUGAUAUGUUUUGUAAAGACAGAAAAAUGCUUCGCCAUCAGGUUUCUGAGUCUUAAGCUUUUGGGCCAUCAUGUUCUUCACGUCUCAUUUGAUACUUUUUUGUCAUCUGUCUCUAACAUUUUUUUACACCUGGUUUUUAUUCAAGCUGACAACAGUGCCAUCAUGAGGCCAAACAGAAAAUUACCAGCUUACCUACCGUAUGUUGUUU